CUUCAGAACGUGGUGCUAGGCCUUGUCGUCAGCGGCGGUAACGACGUCGAGGCAAGUCUUGAGCUUGAGGUCGAUAGUGCUGAGACCGAGGCGCUAAACCGUUACACCAAACGCCGGGAACGGAAAUUAGAGUUUGAUACUGUACAGUUCUUUCAGCCACCGGACCCUGCGGCACGUGCCGAGUUCUCCGUUUUCACCGCACGACGAGCUCAACGGCCGACACGACGACAACAACCCUUCAAGACCUCCUCCUUCAAAAAAUUUGUGGGUAGACUAUGCUCGGACGAUGUGUGACGAUACACUGACAGAGAUUUCGCCAUUAGAGUCACCAUGGGUCGCAUGCACGCUCCCGGAAAGGGCAUUUCGUCCUCCGCCCUUCCUUACCGCCGCUCUCCUCCUUCGUGGCUCAAGACCACCCCCGAGGAUGUCGUUGAGCACAUCAACAAGUUGGCUCGCAAGGGUCUUACUCCAUCCCAAAUCGGUGUUACCUUGCGUGACUCGCAUGGUAUUCCCCAAGUGCGCUUCGUCACUGGUAACAAGAUCCUCCGUAUCUUGAAGACCAACGGUCUCGCUCCUCAGAUCCCUGAGGAUCUCUGGCACCUCGUGAAAAAGGCCGUUGCUGUCCGCAAGCACUUGGAGACGAACCGCAAAGACAAGGACUCCAAGUUCCGUCUGAUUUUGAUCGAAUCCCGUAUUCACCGUCUCGCCCGUUACUACAAGACCAAACAGCAGAUUCCGCCGACGUUCAAAUACGAUUCGGCAACUGCUUCCACUCUCAUUGCAUGAGCGAGGGGUCGCUUUCGAUAGUGGUCAGAGGUGGUUUUGGCUGCUGAGGGCAAGGUCGUGCGUAUACGUGCGAGUAGUGGUGUCGAGCGUUGUUUUAUGUUAUCUGCAUUUCUCUCUUUCUUUCCAUGACACAAUGCAAAAUAUAGCUAUGCACCAUCUGUUCUCUCACAGUGCUUACCGUGCAUAGGUUGGGAGGAGGGUCGGGCUCUUUAUCAUCAAUACGCUCCUGCGUCAUCGACUCUGCUUCCUUCGUCGCCUGAUACUGAUUCGGACCAAUCUGAAACUGAAACUUGUACUGAACCUCUAAUCUGUUGUGGGGUUGCUCACACUUCUGGAUUUUUUUCUACAAUGGCCUUCUCUCAAAGUGCGUAUAGAACUUCAGGUGGGAACAAAAUACGCUCGACGGUUGUUGAGUUCAUGAUCAACAAAUUCAC